AACAGAAACACAAACCCAAGGCACUGGCACUGUAGCCCUUUUGAGGAUUUGUUUGACAAAUCUGCAGCCCGCCUGUCAUCUCCUAUGAUGUCAGCGGCAUAUGAACAGUGAUAGGAGACCUUACUCAGCUGCCCCAGUUAGCCUUCACCUGUCGGCGCACAUACCUUUCCUUCUUACCUGCAGAAGUUAGUGCUCCCAUUCGCAGAGUUUUUACAUCGUGGACACGAUGCUGUUCUACGGGAGUUGCAGCUUGCUGCUGGCACUGGUGACUUUUCACGGCGCCGCUCGCACAGAAAUGGUGUUCCGUUGUCCGAGCUGUACUGCGGAGCGUCAGGCGGCUUGUCCGAUGCUCAUGGAGACGUGCGCAGAGAUUGUUCGCGAGCCUGGCUGCGGCUGCUGUCCAGUGUGUGCCCGGCAAGAGGGCGAGCUGUGCGGCGUUUACACACCGAGAUGCGCCAGUGGUCUGCGGUGUUAUCCCAAGCCGGAUUCGGAGUUGCCCCUGGAGCAGCUGGUUCAAGGGCUCGGGAGAUGCGGACGUAAAGUGGAUACUGAGCCCACUGGAAGCGCAGAGCCUCGAGAAGUCAGCGGUGAGGUACAGGACUCUUUGGACAUUGGUUUGACUGAGGUUCCUCCCAUAAGGAAACCCACCAAAGACAGUCCAUGGAAGGAGAGUGCUGUCCUUCAACACCGUCAGCAGCUGAAGACCAAGAUGAAGUACAAUAAAGUUGAGGACCCUAAAGCACCGCAUGCCAAACAGAGCCAAUGUCAGCAGGAGCUUGACCAGGUCCUGGAAAGGAUUGCAAAAAUACCCUUCAGAGAUAACAGGGGCCCCCUGGAGGACCUUUAUUCCAUGCACAUACCCAACUGUGACAAGAGGGGGCAGUACAACCUGAAACAGUGUAAGAUGUCAGUGAAUGGAUAUCGUGGCGAGUGCUGGUGCGUUAAUCCACACACAGGAAGACCCAUCCCCACCUCUCCACUGAUAAGGGGUGAUCCCAACUGCAGCCAGUACCUUGAGGACAUGGAUCCCUCUAUGGACCCUCAAAACUAACAAUGUCCUAAACAUUCCUAUCCCUUCCCAUCUUGACCUUCAAGCCUACAUACCCACACCCUUGUCCCUAAUGGAGUCAGUAUUUUACACUCUCUAAACAAGCUACCAAUAUACCUUGUGUGUUUAUACAUUUUUGCGCUUGUAGAUUUGAGAUGGUUUGAAACAGUAUUGUUACAGUUGAAGUACAAAUAUAACUUAACUGAUAGUAUUCAUUCAAUCCAAGCUAAGUGAUGACAUAAAACCAGAGGACUGAGAUUAGCAGGCUCAAACUAAUACUUUUCUGUAGGAAAAUAACUAGGACUGUAGGAUUGUAAGCUUAUCUUUAACACUUUGUAUUUCUCUCAUUACGUUACUGGUGCUAUUUGUUUCAGUACACUUAUUUUAUAGGUUGCCCCUUCUCACAUUUUGCAGGAAAUGCUAUAGUAAUGUUUUUUGUUGUUGUUGUUGUUGUUGGAAAGGACAGUGUUCCUUUUGUUAAACAGUGUAGUACUACAUUGUACAGUAAAUCGGUGAGCUAGUGCCUUACCUUAAAAAAUUUACAGAAAUAAAUGAUAUGGGAUUUCUUAUAAAA